AUGUCACUCUUCCAUGGUAUCUAUUCUUCUUCCGCUCCACAGAAUAUAGGUAUCACCAUAUACGAUUCAUCCACACAGAAUCGUGCAUUUAGAUAUGUCGUCCCACAAACAUCGCCAUGGCAUCACCCCACACUUCCAGAGAUUCGACCCUUUUCUGUAAAUCUCCAUAUCCUAAUCGACGAUAAACAAAACCUCCGUUACUACAUUCUCCGACCUCCGCCUGAGAAAGAGCCGUUCGACGCCGAUCAUUUACCGACGAUAUCUAGUGUUACAAACAUUCGCGACCUAGCUAGGCUCGAUCCAGCAGCUAAAGCUGUCGUUAGAGAAGUUCAUAAUGCUUUAGGGAUGCAGAAGUUAUGGGAUUUCAAGAAUGGAUUGUGCUACACUCUCUUUACAGCUCGAUUUGCAUCAGAUGCUUUUCAUUCAACUAGCGCCCUCAGCUCAACCACGGCGUCCGCUAUGUCUCGUCACUCGGAAUCUUUGCAGACAAAUCCAUAUGUGAUACGACCUGCCGAUGAACUACCUCAGGUACUAGCAAGUGGCGAUAUAUAUCCUCUUGCAUACGGAUCGCACUCAUUGGACGUUCCAUUCAACGAGUUACAGUUUAAGAAGGUCAGCACUGAAAUCUAUGGCUGGUACAUGUACAGUUGGCCCUGGCUUGCCAAUGUUCGUGCAAAGAUGUCUGUGCGUGUUAAAGCACAGAAAGAUUGUCAAAUACUGGCUCAACAGUGCCGUUGGAGGAACGGAGGUUGGUUACUUGAUCAUCAUAUUCAGCAAUUUUAUUUUCCCAGGUUAUGUUUUGCUGCUUCCUCACUUUACUCUGGCGUAGCGACCAAUUCAGCCGACGAUGACUCUGUGAUCUCUGCAAAUCCACAAGAUUAUAUCGAGGGUCCCUGGAUCGUAGAUGGCCUUUAUAAACGCGCUCGUACUGCGCUCUGCCGUAAAUACCUCAUGGAAUUUCCUUGGUUCGAACUCUCAAGUCUGAAACGUAAAGUUGAAUAUGACAUAGGCUUCUUGCACAUGGCGUGGCUAUUAGUUGGAUAUCCGUACAUGAAAAGCAACGACAAGGAGGGUAUCCAUGUGGAAACAUUGCAGGAUAAAGAGAUAAUUACAUUUUACAAUGCGGAUAUGUAUGAUUUGGUUAGUUGUUGGCCUGAUGAGAGUGAGUAUAUGGGAAAGGAAGGCCGAUUGCAGAAGAGGAUGGAAAAGUGUCGUCUGCACGUCGAUGUGAACUUUGUCGCUAUGCCCCGGAGUUGGAGACAGUUGAUGAGCUUUGGUGAUGAGUUAUUAUGA